AUGGUGGCCAAUCUUUUCAAGAGCCUGAUUUUACCUUACAUACAUAAGUUUUGCAAAGGAAUGUUUACAAAGAAACUGGGAAAUUCAACCAAAAAAAGAGAGAAUCAUCAGCAGAAAAAGGAUCAAGAUUUUCCUGCUGGUGGCCAGACCAAACCCCCCAAAUUUUCAAAUACCUUGAAAAGCACCGUAAAGAAGAUUGCGAAGUGUUCUGCUCGCAACUUAUCCGCUGAAGAAGACGAGGUUAAUAGAGAGUUUUCCCUCUCACCAACUUUCAGUUACAGAGUGGCUAUUGCCAAUGGCCUACAAAAGAAUAUUAAUGUAACCAAAAGUGAUAAUGAGGAUCUGCUUCAAGAGCUAUCUUCAGUUGAGAGUUCCUACACAGAAUCAUUAAGUGAACUAAGAAGUAGUACCGAAAACCAGGCACAGUCAACACACAAGAUGCCAGUUAGACGCAAUAGAAAGAGUUCAAGCAGCCUUGCACCCUCUGAGGGCAGCUCUGAUGGGGAGCGUACUUUGCAUAGCUUAAAACUAGGAGCUUUACGCAAACUGAGAAAAUGGAAGAAGAGUCAAGAGUGUGUCUCCUCAGAUUCAGAGUUGAGCACAAUGAAGAAAACCUGGGGAAUAAGAAGUAAAUCUUUGGACAGAACUGCACGAAACCCAAAAGCGAAUGCCCUUGAGCCAGGAUUUAGUUCCUCUGGCUGCCUUAGCCAAACACAUGACGUCAUGGAAAUGAUCUUUAAGGAACUUCAGGGAAUAAGUCAGAUUGAAACCGAACUUUCUGAACUACGAGGGCACGUCAAUGCUCUCAAGCACUCCAUCGAUGAGAUCUCCAGCAGCGUGGAGGUUGUACAAAAUGAAAUUGAACAGCUGCGUACAGGGUUUGUCCAGUCUCGGAGGGAAACCAGAGACAUCCAUGAUUAUAUUAAGCACUUAGGUCAUAUGGGUAGCAAGGCAAGCCUGAGAUUUUUAAAUGUGCCUGAAGAAAGAUUUGAAUAUGUUGAAAGUGUGGUGUACCAAAUUCUGAUAGAUAAAAUGGGGUUUUCAGAUGCACCAAAUGCUAUUAAAAUUGAAUUUGCUCAGAGGAUAGGACAGCAAAGGGACUGUCCAAAUGCAAAGCCUCGACCCAUACUUGUAUAUUUUGAAACUCCUCAGCAAAGGGAUUUUGUCUUAAAAAAAUCAUAUAAACUCAAAGGAACAGGCAUUGGAAUUUCAACAGAUAUUCUCACUCAUGACAUCAGAGAAAGAAAAGAGAGAGGGAUACCAUCCUCUCAGACGUAUGAGAGCAUGGAUAUAAAGCUGUCUACUCCAGAGCCCAAAAUCAAGAACAAUUGGCAGUCGCCUGAUGACAGCGAUGGAGAGCUGGAAUCUGACCUCAAUAGAAACACUUACGCUGUGCUUUCCAAGUCAGAGUUUCAAACAAAAGGAAGUACUUCCAAGUCAAGCUCAAAGUCUCACAAUUCUAGAUCCAAGAAUAAAACUACUAAUGGUGGCAAAAUUAAAAAUAAAUCAGAUUAUGAUAAAAUUUCCUCACAAUUGCCACAAUUGAAUAACUUAGAAAAGCAAACCACAACCCAUUAUGCAGAGGCAGCACCCCUCUGGCAUUCCCAGAGUGAUUUUUUCACUGCUAAACUUAGUCACUCUGAAUCAGAUUUUUCCAAAUUAUGUCAGUCUUACUCAGAGGAUUUUUCAGAAAGUCAGUUUUUCAUUAGAACUAAUGGAAGCUCCCUCCUGUCAUCUUCAGACAGAGAACUUUGGCAGAGGAAACAGGAGGGCACACAUAAUUUGUAUGACAGUCCCCAGGACCAGAGUUUGAAUGGGGGUGCUCAGGGUAUCCAAGAACAGAAUGAAAUUGAGAACACAGAAACUGCGGAUAGUGGAAUGAGUAAUGGCAUGGUAUGUGCCUCUGCAGACCAGAGUCAUUACAGUGAUUCGCAGCUCUCUUUACAUGAGGAUUUUUCCCCAUGGAAGGAAUGGAAUCAAGCAGAGCAGGGAGGUGAUUUAGGCUUGGAUUUGUCCACUCAGGAAGCUUUCAACUACGACACAAACAGUCUAUCUGACCAACAGCUGGAUGUUUACAAUAAAGACCUAGAUGACUUGGGAAAGUGCCACAGUGACCUUCAAGAUGACUCUGAAAGCUAUGAUUUAACUCAGGAUGACAAUUCAUCUCCAUGUCCUGGACUGGAUAAUGAAACACAAGGUCAGUGGGUUGGUCCAUAUGAUCCUUAUCAGAAAACUAAUUCUAAUGAACUGUACCAAAAUCAAAACCAGUUGUCCAUGAUGUAUCGAAGUCAAAGUGAAUUGCAAAGUGAUGAUUCAGAGGAUGCCCCACCCAAAUCUUGGCAUAGUCGAUUAAGCAUUGACCUUUCUGAUAAGACUUUCAGCUUCCCAAAAUUUGGAUCUACAUUGCAGAGGGCUAAAUCAGCCUUGGAAGUGGUAUGGAACAAAAGUACACAGAGUCUCAGUGGGUAUGAGGACAGUGGCUCCUCUUUAAUGGGGAGAUUUCGGACAUUAUCCCAAUCAACUGCAAAUGAAUCAAGUACCACCCUUGACUCUGAUGUCUACACGGAACCCUAUUACUACAAAGCAGAGGAGGAGGAGGACUAUAGUGAACCAGUGGCUGACAAUGAAACAGAUUAUGUUGAAGUCAUGGAACAAGUCCUGGCUAAAUUAGAAAACAGGACUAGUAUUACUGAAACAGAUGAACAAAUGCAAGGAUACUAUCACCUUUCAUAUGAAACUCCUUAUGAAACCCCACAAGAUGAGGUUUAUGAUGGCCAACCAGAUGUUGUGAUUAGUGAAGGGGGAUUGAAGCCAUUAAAUGAAACAUCAGUUGAAAUGGAAGUAAGAGAAGACGAAAACCAAAACAUUCCUGAAGAGCAAGUGAAAAUCACAAAGCCAAAGCAAAUUCACCCUUCAUUUAAAGAAGCAGCUUUAAAAGCCUAUCAGAAGCAAAUGGCAGAGUUGGAAGAGAAGAUCCUGGCUGGAGAUAGCAAUUCUGUGGAUGAAAAGGCUCGAAUAGUAAGUGGCAAUGAUUUGGAUGCUUCCAAAUUCUCUGCACUCCAGGAGUUUGGUGGGGCUGGACUGGGACUUUAUGGUAUUGACAGUAUGCCAGAUCUCCGUAGAAAAAAAACUUUACCUAUUGUCCGAGAUGUGGCCAUGACCCUGGCUGCCCGGAAAUCUGGACUCUCCCUGGCUAUGGUGAUUAGAACAACACUAAACAACGAGGAACUGAAAAUGCAUGUUUUCAAGAAGACCUUGCAAGCAUUGAUCUACCCCAUGUCCUCUACCACCCCGCACAAUUUUGAGGUCUGGACGGCUACUGCACCCACCUACUGUUACGAGUGUGAAGGGCUCCUGUGGGGCAUUGCCCGGCAAGGCAUGAAGUGCUUGGAAUGUGGAGUGAAGUGCCACGAAAAGUGCCAGGACCUCCUAAACGCUGACUGUUUGCAGAGAGCAGCAGAAAAGAGUUCUAAGCAUGGUGCUGAAGACAAGACUCAGAUCAUUAUCACAGCCAUGAAAGAAAGGAUGAAGGUCAGGGAGAAAAACAGGCCAGAAGUAUUUGAAGUAAUUCAGGAAAUGUUUCAGAUUUCUAAAGAAGAUUUUGUGCAGUACACAAAGGCAGCAAAACAGAGUGUGCUGGAUGGGACAUCUAAGUGGUCAGCCAAAAUAACUAUUACAGUGGUUUCUGCUCAAGGCUUGCAGGCAAAAGACAAAACAGGAUCAAGUGACCCAUAUGUUACAGUUCAAGUUGGAAAGAACAAAAGAAGGACUAAAACAAUUUUUGGAAACUUGAAUCCAGUAUGGGAUGAGAGGUUUUAUUUUGAGUGCCAUAACUCCACAGACAGAAUCAAAGUCAGAGUGUGGGAUGAAGAUGAUGACAUUAAAUCCAGAGUCAAGCAACAUUUCAAAAAGGAAUCAGAUGAUUUUCUGGGACAAACAAUUGUAGAAGUGAGGACCCUGAGUGGAGAAAUGGACGUCUGGUACAACUUAGAGAAACGAACAGAUAAAUCAGCUGUAUCUGGGGCCAUUCGAUUGAAAAUCAAUGUGGAAAUAAAAGGAGAAGAGAAGGUUGCUCCAUAUCAUAUACAAUAUACAUGUCUACAUGAGAAUCUGUUCCAUUACUUGACUGAAGUGAAAUCUAAUGGGGGAGUGAAAAUCCCAGAGGUCAAAGGGGAUGAAGCCUGGAAGGUUUUCUUUGAUGACGCUUCCCAAGAAAUAGUAGAUGAAUUUGCUAUGCGUUAUGGGAUUGAAUCCAUUUAUCAAGCAAUGACGCACUUCUCAUGUCUGUCAUCUAAAUACAUGUGCCCUGGUGUCCCUGCAGUUAUGAGCACCUUGCUGGCUAAUAUAAACGCUUUCUAUGCUCAUACAACAGUUUCAACAAAUGUACAGGUUUCUGCCUCAGAUCGAUUUGCUGCUACCAAUUUUGGUAGAGAAAAAUUCAUAAAGCUACUGGACCAGCUACACAACUCUUUAAGGAUUGACCUGUCAAAGUAUAGGGAAAAUUUUCCCGCCAGCAAUGCUGAAAGACUGCAAGACCUGAAAUCAACUGUUGACCUAUUAACGAGCAUCACCUUUUUUAGGAUGAAGGUACUGGAGCUACAGAGCCCCCCCAAGGCCAGCAUGGUGGUGAAGGACUGUGUCAGGGCUUGCCUGGAUUCUACAUACAAGUACAUUUUUGACAAUUGCCAUGAACUCUAUUCCCAGCUGACAGACCCGAGUAAGAAGCAGGACGUUCCUCGGGAAGAUCAGGGACCAACCACCAAGAAUUUGGAUUUUUGGCCCCAACUUAUUACACUGAUGGUCACCAUUAUUGAUGAGGAUAAAACUGCCUACACACCUGUCCUGAAUCAGUUUCCUCAAGAACUGAACAUGGGAAAAAUAAGUGCUGAAAUUAUGUGGACCCUUUUUGCUCAGGAUAUGAAAUAUGCACUAGAAGAACAUGAAAAUCAGCGGUUAUGCAAGAGCACCGAUUAUAUGAAUUUGCAUUUCAAGGUGAAAUGGUUUUAUAAUGAAUAUGUGCGAGAACUUCCUGCCUUCAAGGAUGCCGUUCCUAAAUACUCCCUGUGGUUUGAACCUUUUGUCAUGCAGUGGCUAGAUGAAAAUGAAGAUGUGUCCGUGGAGUUCCUUCGUGGAGCACUGGGAAGAGACAAAAAAGAUGGAUUCCAGCAGACGUCUGAUCAUGCCCUCUUCUCUUGCUCUGUGGUUGAUGUGUUUGCUCAGCUUAAUCAGAGUUUUGAGAUUAUCAAGAAACUGGAAUGCCCAAAUCCUGAAGCGUUAUCUCACUUAAUGAGGAGAUUCGCAAAGACUAUCAAUAAAGUACUGCUCCAGUAUGCUGCUAUUGUAUCAAGUGAUUUCAGUUCAUAUUGUGAUCAGGAAAAUGUGCCCUGUAUCUUGAUGAAUAAUAUUCAACAACUGCGAGUCCAGCUGGAAAAAAUGUUUGAAUCCAUGGGAGGGAAAGAGCUAGAUCCUGAAGCUAGUACUGUUCUCAAAGAACUUCAGGUUAAACUCAGUGGGGUUCUGGAUGAGCUCAGCGUCACUUACGGAGAAAGUGUCCAGCUUAUAAUUGAACAGUGUAUAAAACAAAUGAGUUUUGAAUUAAAUCAAAUGAGAUCAAACGGAAAUACCACAUGUAAUAAGAACAGUUCAGCAAUGGAUGCAGAGAUUGUAUUGAGACCACUCAUGGACUUCUUAGACAAAACAUUAAGUCUUUCAGCAAAAAUAUGUGAGAAAACAGUCCUGAAACGAGUUUUGAAGGAACUAUGGAAGCUAGUUCUCAACAAAAUAGAGAAUCAAAUCGUGCUCCCUCCUCUGAAUGAUCAAACCGGACCCCAGAUGAUUUUCAUUGCAGCUAAAGAUCUCGGACAAUUAUCUAAACUGAAGGAGCACAUGAUUCGAGACGAUGCCAGGGGUCUGACACCAAGACAGUGUGCUGUAAUGGAGGUGGUCCUGGCUACCAUCAAGCAAUACUUUCAUGCAGGAGGAAGUGGCCUGAAAAAGAAUUUCUUGGAGAAAAGCCCAGAUCUUCAGUCUCUGAGAUAUGCUCUCAGUCUUUAUACCCAAAGUACUGAUGCCUUGAUAAAGAAAUUCAUAGACACUCAAACUUCACAGAUGAUUGCUAUUAAUGACCUAAACUGGCAGACCACAGCGAUGUUCCGGCCCUUUGUGGAAGUUUGUAUACUGGGACCCAAUCUCGGAGACAAAAAGAGAAAACAAGGCACAAAGACAAAAAGCAACACGUGGUCACCAAAGUACAAUGAAACAUUUCAGUUCACUAUAAGUAAUGAAAACCGCCCAGGGGCCUAUGAACUUCAUCUCUCAGUUAAGGAUUACUGCUUUGCCCGAGAAGAUCGGAUUAUAGGAAUGACAGUUAUUCAGCUACAGAACAUAGCAGAAAAGGGAAGUCAUGGAGCAUGGUAUCCUCUUUUGAAAAAUGUCUCUAUGGAUGAAACCGGUUUGACUAUCCUUAGAAUCCUCUCUCAGAGGACCAACGAUGAUGUGGCUAAAGAAUUUGUAAGACUUAAAUCCGAAACAAGAUCUACUGAGGAGAAUGCUUGAAAUGAAUACUGCAAAAUACCUUUGAGAAUUCAUAAACUAUAAUUGUUGAUUACUACAUGCAUGCGCAAAUACAUAGGAAUGUUUAUUUCACCGUGUUGCUGUGUUUGCCAGUACUCAAGUACAAUGUCUACAAAGUAUGUGGAAAACCUGCCUAACUUUUAUACAAAGUCUGGUCUUUGGGAAGUCAAUGUUCCAUGAAGUGCCAAAAUAAUGAUGUAAAGCAAAAUAUCAAGAAUAUCUUUUAAAACAUUGAUUAAGUUUCAUUACCCAUUUCUCAACCAUUGAACAUACUAGAAAAAUAAUUUGUCUUUGGAGUUUGUCCACCAGUUGUCUUUGUUAAAUUAGUUUAUAUUACCCAUAGAUCAUAAAGCAUUUGUUACACAAAUUCUGUUUUAUUUAGACUUACCUCAUUGUAGAUGUCUUAGAAAUACCCUUUUCUAGUUACUUCUAGAAAGCGUUUGUAAUUUUAUAGUUGCAAAUAUAUUGUGAUGAUUUUUGCAUACAAAUUAAAAUAGAAGAGGUGGGAAAUAUUUUAUGCUGAGUUUCCAACCUUUCCGAUAUAUCACUGUGAAGAAAUGUUACUAAAGCAAACUUAUACAAAGCAAUGCUAAAUAGAGUUUGUUAACAAUGUUUGAUAUAUUGAGAAAACUUUGUUCUUCAAAACUGCCAAGGUCACAUCACAUUUGUAAAAAAAGUAAGUUGAUGCAUUUGCCAUAAAGCAUUAUGUCUCGGCUUUACCAAAUUUCAUUCUUUAGAAAGCCAUAGGGUUAAUGGUUUGGAAAUGG